GUGGCGCUGGGAGGCGAGUGCGCCUGCGCAGAGCGGGCGCUGGGACAGGGCGUGUUCCUGGUUUAGGAUCCCUGUCGGGGUGCGUUCGCUUGUCACCCGAGCGUGAACCCCGAGGACUCCCCACGCCCAGCCUCCGCGAACAAACAUGUCCAAGUCUCUGAAAAAGUUGGUGGAGGAGAGCCGGGAGAAGAACCAGCCGGAAGUGGACAUGAGCGACCGGGGCAUCUCCAACAUGCUGGACGUCCACGGCUUGUUCACCCUGUCUCAUAUCACGCAACUGGUCCUCAGCCACAACAAAUUAACAACUGUGCCCCCAAACAUAGCAGAACUGAAGAAUUUGGAGGUGCUCAACUUCUUUAAUAACCAGAUUGAGGAGCUGCCCACACAGAUCAGCAGCCUUCAGAAACUCAAACACCUAAACCUUGGCAUGAACAGGCUGAACACCCUGCCUCGAGGAUUUGGCUCUCUUCCAGCUCUUGAGGUCCUGGAUUUGACUUAUAACAACUUGAAUGAACAAUCUCUCCCUGGAAACUUCUUCUACCUUACCACCCUGCGUGCACUCUAUCUAAGUGACAACGAUUUUGAAAUCCUGCCUCCAGAUAUCGGGAAGCUCACGAAGUUGCAGAUACUCAGCCUUCGGGAUAACGACCUAAUCUCACUGCCAAAGGAAAUCGGGGAGCUGACCCAGCUUAAAGAGCUCCACAUUCAGGGGAACCGCCUGACAGUUCUGCCCCCAGAAUUAGGAAACUUGGAUUUAACUGGUCAGAAACAAGUCUUCAAAGCAGAGAACAACCCCUGGGUAACCCCAAUUGCUGACCAGUUCCAGCUUGGUGUCUCCCAUGUCUUCGAAUAUAUUCGCUCUGAAACAUACAAGUACCUCUAUGGCAGACACAUGCAAGCGAACCCAGAACCCCCAAAGAAGAACAAUGACAAAUCCAAGAAGAUCAGCAGGAAACCUUUGGCAGCCAAGAACAAAUGAGGAGCUGGCUUGGGCCUGGUUCACUCUUGGGUCCUUUUUUUGUUUGUUUGUUUCUCUGUCUCACAAAUAAAUACAAUGUGUAUAGUUUUAUGUUUUUUUCUUUACCUUUUCUUCUCUCUCUCUCACACACACAUGUUUACCACCUUGCCUUUGAAAUUCUUUUGGUAGGUGGUAGAUUUUUUUACACUGUCUUAAAACCACUUCCAUUUGUUUCCAGAAAAUUGCCAAAGGCAAGAAACAAAGCUCUAAUUCAACUGCAAAUUCCAUAGUGGGCCCAGGUUUCAGUCCCUUCAAUACACAUCACAAGUCUGCUUAUUAUCAAAAGAAUAAUUAAAAUCAUGUAAUCGCUGAAAUGUCACAGUUAAUACUUUUCAUUUUUUUCCUGUUUAUUCACAUAACUCAUUAUUUUGCCUUAUUAACAAGUCUUCCUCCACCACUAAGCUAUUAAGUUCAUUUAACUUACAAAUGAUUUUAAUAAAGUCUUCAGUUUGUAGCACA